CAACUGGCAAAUGAGCUGUCACACAACGUCAAACGGGCUGAAAACGUGAAGGCAUAUUCGUCGGCCGUGCUGUGGACGUGAUUUAUUUUGGCUAAUCUUCAAUUUCAACCGGAUUAACCAAACCCCUUCCUGGUUGUGCUAACCGAGCCACCGAGCUCUGCACGAAUCCUCGGACCUCUUUCCCCUCAACCUGAGCUGCCCGGCGUAGGAGGAAGAAAACGAAUAAAAAAUGUAUGCUCUCAAGCCGAUCUUAAAGCCGGUGGAAGUAGACCUUCCGUCCUGUAUGUACUCAAUGAAACCGGUCAUCGGAAGUGCCAGUCAGCAGUCUGCCUCUCAGAACUCGGUAUUUAUGGAUAAUUUGACCGAAAAGCUAAAGGCUUUAUUUCUCCAGAAUGAUCAGGAGACUCUGCAACUGCUGGCGGCAAAACAGGACAAGGUCCUGAAACAACUGGCCGAGCUGCGCGAACAGCUGGUUUCUAUGAAAACCGAGCUUAAUCUGUGCAGCAAACCCGCUCAGCCCGCUGCUGCUGGUAGUUCUGGUCCUACGACAAAAUCGGCCGCGAAAGUCGCCUCGAAGCCGCAAAAGAUUGAACCAAUCAAUCUCUCCUACCUGCAAGAUUUCGUGGUGAAUGCUUGUCCAACAAAUAUCCCUUACGGAUUGCUGGCGCUUAAGAAACUAUGGAUCAACAGGUUGAAUCUGCAGGUUGAAUGCUUUACGCACUCGACUGUACCGAAGCUGAGUGAAGAAGCGCUCAAUUUCCAAAAGGUCAUCACAAGUCUCGAACCGAAGAUUGAAAAUCUGCCUCGUCUCAAAGUCACUCUCAUUUGGAAGAAUGUUGGAACCUACACCGAAAUGAUAACGUCCCCCACCGCGUACGUCCCCAUCUGCGGCGAGGUGAACAUCCUGCGCUUCCUGUCGCGCUGCGGCCCCAACGAGUUCAACUACGAGCGGCAGGACGACCUUACCGAAGCCGAUUCCAUCCUGGACACGUGCUACCUCCUGAUCAACAAGCAGAACGUCAAGGACAAGAAGCAGGUGCUGAAAACGCUCAGUUCCAAGCUGGGAAAGGUGUCCUGCUUCGGGGGGAGCGGCACGAUCUCGUUGUGCGAUAUUGCGGCGACCAGCGCGAUCAAACAGGUGCACCAGGUUCUGGCCAAGGACAUUAAUCCGAACAUGGCGAAGCUGGUGACGCGAGUAACCGCCGAGAUUGGCGCUUAGAGCAAUGAAGCUGUUGCGCAAAUUAGCAUUUUUUGGAUCGCGGAUCACGCUUUCGAAACUCUGCCGACACACACAUGUUAAUGUAAGCUUGCAAAAUUGAACAGAAUAAAUGUUGGAAAACUCUAUUCGA